AUGGGUCAAAUAUCACGCAUCAGGCUUGGAGAGGGCACGUGGGCAGGUCGGUGUGGGUAUAAAUUCCGGAGCUGCUGCAUCCAUCCCAGAGUAUUGGUGGUGUGGAAGCUGGGAAUCCGGGCGGAAGGGCAACCAGGCAUUCAGGUGGUCAGAGACGAGACCUCAGCCCGCUCAUCUCGACCAGUUGACGCACACCUGGACCUGGUCAGGUCACCUUUGCCGUUGAUGGACCAGGCAAACACCGGGGCUGGGGCCUGGGGGCUGUGGGGCCUUGUGCUGGCUGUCAUACUUCUGGGAGCAUGCAAGGCACGGCCUAUCCCUGACUCCAGCCCCCUCCUCCAAUUUGGGGGUCAAGUUCGGCUUCGGCACCUCUACACAGAUGACACUCAGGAGACAGAAGCCCAUCUGGAGAUCAGGGCAGAUGGCACGGUGGUGGGGACUGCCCACCGGAGCCCUGAAAGUCUCUUGGAGCUGAAAGCCUUGAAGCCAGGAGUCAUUCAAAUCUUGGGGAUCAAGACAUCCAGAUUCUUAUGCCAGAGACCAGACGGGACACUGUAUGGAUCACUCCACUUUGACCCUGAGGUUUGCAGCUUCCAGGAGCUGCUUCUGGAAGAUGGAUACAACAUUUACCGUUCUGAAGCCCUGGGUCUCCCCCUGCGCCUGCCUCCCCAGGAUCCAGCACCCUGGGGGCCAGCCCGCUUCCUGCCCCUGCCUGGUGUGCCCCCUGCGCCUCCGGAGCCCCCCGGGAUCCUGGCUCCCGAGCCCCCUGAUGUCGGCUCCUCCGACCCUCUGAGUAUGGUGGGACUGUUACAGGGCCGAAGCCCCAGCUAUGCAUCCUGAAGCCACAGUCCACAUGUUUUAGGGGUUCCUCUUAUUUAUGGGGGGUAUUUAUCUUAUUUAUUUUUGUAUUUUUCUUACUUGAGUAAUAAAGAGUCUGCGAG